GACCUUUCCCUACAAAAAUAGCUACAGAUUGUGUUCAUCAUCAUCCUCCUCCUCAAGAACCCAUCUUAUCCUUUUCUUUCUCUCUUGGUAUACUAUACAAACCAAGACAUUUAUGGCCACUUCAGCUGUAGCACAAUUUUCUGAUACUUAUUCAACUGUAAAAGUGGUUUCUGAAUCACCUGACCUCAACUCCAUCCCUUCUCACUAUAUUCACUCAACUAGUCUUGAUGCAUCUCCUGAGGAUUCGAAAGCAAUACCUGUCAUUGAUUUCUCCCAUCUCACCUCAAACCAGAGUGAUCAAUGGUACAAGGCCAUUCAAGACCUCGGUGAAGCUUGCGAAAAGUGGGGCUUCUUUAUGGUGGUGAAUCAUGGUAUUCCAGAAAGUUUGAUAAGGGAAGUGAUUGAGGUCACUGACAAAUUCUUUAACAUGCCGGAAGAGGAGAAGAAGCGGUUUGAAGGAAAACAUGUUUUGGACCCAGUGAGGUGUGGGACCAGCUUCAAUGCUUCAAAAGAGAAAGCCCUCUUCUGGAGAGAUUUCUUGAAGGUCUUUGUGCAUCCUGAGUUUCACUGUCCUUCUGAUCCCCGGGCUUUCAGGGACAUCAUGUUGGAGUAUUGUGAAAGUAGCAGGAACGUGACUAAGAAAUUACUGGGGGCAAUAUCGGAAAGCCUGAAUCUGGAUGAGCGUGCCAUCUAUAACGCUUUAGAAUUGGACUCAAUGUUUCAAAUAUUCAUUGGGAAUUAUUACCCGCGUUGCCCCCAGCCUGAGCUAGCAAUGGGGAUGCCACCUCACUCGGAUCAUGGCCUUCUAACCAUUCUCAUAGAGAACCAAGUUGGAGGGUUGCAGAUAAUGCAUGAAGGAAAAUGGGUCAAUGUGAAUGCCCUUCCCAACUCCCUUCUGGUUAACACCGGCGACCACCUUGAGAUAUUCAGCAAUGGGAAAUACAAGAGUGUGGUGCACAGAGCGGUGGUGAAUGGCAGAGCCACCAGAAUAUCAGUUGCCACCGCGCACGGCCCAUCGCUAGAGACGACGGUGGGGCCCGCUUCUCAACUCGUGGGAAGCACGAGCAGCAGCCAAGGUGCAAGAUAUGCUGCAAUGAAGUAUAAGGACUUCAUGUACUCCCAGCAGAGCAAUCAACUUGAUGGCAAGUCUAUCUUGGAUCGCCUUAGGAUCCACGGGAACUGAGCUCAUCGUCGUUAAAGGCUCAAAUUUCUGGCGUAUUUUUUUCUGGAUUUAUGUGUAUAUUUCAAUUGUGCUAAAAUUGUCUUUCUACCCUUCAUUGGUAGGGGACUAGGGCCACCUACCACUGAAGGUAAAAAUUGUCCCACACUACCUUUGAAACUUCAUUUUUUUUUAUAUUGUUCAUAUAUAAGAUGUCAUUUCUAAAAUAAGUUUCUGGGUUUGAGGUUUCUAACUUGGCAGUUGACAUGCUCAUGAAGAGAAGCAUAAUGGGUGGUUUUUCAUUUAUUUGGAGCAAAAUGUGCGAUUUAAUUUGGAAAUAAUGUUUGUAAUUAGCGUUAGCAUUUUAAAUAUUUUUUAAUAGUGCAUAUUAGUGUAUAAAUUACAUUAAAAGCUAUUGUCAAAU